AUGUAGAAUAUUAUAAGUGAUUAAUUUUUAAGUGGUGGUGGAACAUACGAUGAAUAAAGCGACUUUAUGAAGGUUGGGGAGUGGAUUCAGUUGAGUGAUGAAUUUUAGAAUUCCUUACAAGUUUUAUAUAACGGUUAAUAUAAAAAUGGUAACAAGAUAGGUAAAUGGGAUAUAUCUGUUAGCGGAAAAUAAAUCGGGGGAGGAAUUUAUGAAGAAAAAGGUGAUGGUAUGAAAAUUGGAGAGUGGGUUGAACUGAGUGAAGGAUUUUCAUCAUUAUCAUAAGUUGUUUAUUAGGGAGAAUAUAAGAAUAGUAAAAAAAUUGGUAGAUGGAAAAUUUUGUAUUCCAAAAUGUUCGACAAUUAAUUUAAAGAAAUUGGUGGUGGGUCAUUUGAUGAUGACAUUAAGAUAGGUAAUUGGAUUGAGUUGAUAGACGGUUUUGGUUUAAAUGGGUUUGUUACUUGUAAAGGUGAUUAUAAAAAAGGCAAAAAAGUUGGAAAUUGGAUGGCAUUAGACUAUUUCAAAAAUGAAAAUCUGGGUGAUAAACUAUAUUGA